AUGGAUGUGCUCGUGGGUGGGCCAGGCAGGUGUGAGCGUGUGGAUGAGGUCAACAGACUGCGGCAGCGGCUCCCGAAGUCCGACGUCAACAGACUGCGGCAGCGGCUACCGAAGUCCGACAUCAAGAGACUGCGGCAGCGGCUCCCGAAGUCCGACGUCAACAGACUGCGGCAGCGGCUCCCGAAGUCCGACGUCAACAGACUGCGGCAGCGGCUCCCGAAGUCCGACGUCAACAGACUGCGGCAGCGGCUCCCGAAGUCCGACGUCAACAGACUGCGGCAGCGGCUCCCGAAGUCCGACGUCAACAGACUGCGGCAGCGGCUCCCGAAGUCCGACGUCAACAGACUGCGGCAGCGGCUCCCGAAGUCCGACGUCAACAGACUGCGGCCGCGGCUCCCGAAGUCCGACGUCAACAGACUGCGGCAGCGGCUCCCGAAGUCCGACGUCAACAGACUGCGGCAGCGGCUCCCGAAGUCCGACGUCAACAGACUGCGGCCGCGGCUCCCGAAGUCCGACGUCAACAGACUGCGGCAGCGGCUCCCGAAGUCCGACGUCAACAGACUGCGGCCGCGGCUCCCGAAGUCCGACGUCAACAGACUGCGGCAGCGGCUCCCGAAGUCCGACGUCAACAGACUGCGGCCGCGGCUCCCGAAGUCCGACGUCAACAGACUGCGGCAGCGGCUCCCGAAGUCCGACGUCAACAGACUGCGGCAGCGGCUCCCGAAGUCCGACGUCAACAGACUGCGGCAGCUGCUCCCGAAGUCCGACAUCAACAGACUGCGGCCGCGGCUCCCGAAGUCCGACGUCAACAGACUGCGGCCGCGGCUCCCGAAGUCCGACGUCAACAGACUGCGGCCGCGGCUCCCGAAGUCCGACGUCAACAGACUGCGGCCGCGGCUCCCGAAGUCCGACGUCAACAGACUGCGGCCGCGGCUCCCGAAGUCCGACGUCAACAGACUGCGGCCGCGGCUCCCGAAGUCCGACGUCAACAGACUGCGGCCGCGGCUCCCGAAGUCCGACGUCAACAGACUGCGGCAGCGGCUCCCGAAGUCCGACGUCAACAGACUGCGGCCGCGGCUCCCGAAGUCCGACGUCAACAGACUGCGGCAGCGGCUCCCGAAGUCCGACGUCAACAGACUGCGGCAGCGGCUCCCGAAGUCCGACGUCAACAGACUGCGGCAGCGGCUCCCGAAGUCCGACGUCAACAGACUGCGGCAGCGGCUCCCGAAGUCCGACGUCAACAGACUGCGGCAGCGGCUCCCGAAGUCCGACGUCAACAGACUGCGGCAGCGGCUCCCGAAGUCCGACGUCAACAGACUGCGGCAGCGGCUCCCGAAGUCCGACGUCAACAGACUGCGGCAGCGGCUCCCGAAGUCCGACGUCAACAGACUGCGGCAGCGGCUCCCGAAGUCCGACGUCAACAGACUGCGGCAGCUGCUCCCGAAGUCCGACAUCAACAGACUGCGGCCGCGGCUCCGAAGUCCGACGUCAACAGACUGCGGCCGCGGCUCCCGAAGUCCGACGUCAACAGACUGCGGCCGCGGCUCCCGAAGUCCGACGUCAAUAGACUGCGGCAGCGGCUACCGAAGUCCGACGUCAACAGACUGCGGCAGCGGCUCCCGAAGUCCGACGUCAACAGACUGCGGCAGCGGCUCCCGAAGUCCGACGUCAACAGACUGCGGCAGCGGCUCCUCAAGGCCUAUUUCAACUGUUCAAAUGGAUGCCAGUUAA